GGAGCCAAGAGAGGCGGAGAGAGACACACAUUGAGGAGCAGAGACCAACGAACAGAGACAAGAAUUGGGAGGAGAGGGACCAGGGAGAAGCUGGGAGAGGCGGGGACUGGGGGCUAGUGAUCUGUAUACACACUCCGGUUCCCAGAGACAUCCCCUCAGCAAGGCAUUUAUCUGAAGCCUUGGGUGCUGCAAGCCCAGCCUGAUGCAGUCAGCCUGGCUCCUUGGGGCCCUGGUGGUCCCUCAGCUCCUGGGCUUAAGCCCUGGGACUCAAGGAGCAGAGAGGGAAUGGGAGGGGGACUGGGGAGGAGCCCAGGAGGAGGAACGGGAGCGGGAGGCCCUGAUGCUGAAGCAUUUACAGGAGGCCCUGGGACUGCCCGCUGCGAGGGGAGACGCAAAUCCUGAAGAAACCCCUGAAGACAAAGGGGCCUGGGGGACUGAGGAAAACCGUCAGGGAGAGGAAGAGGAGGAGGAGGAGGAAGCUACGCCUACCCUCUCCUUUAGCCCCAGCCCCUCUCCCACCCCUGAGGACCCUGUCACUUAUAUCCUGGGCCGCCUGGCCAGUCUAGACGCAGGCCUGCACCAGCUGCACGUCCGUCUGCACGUGUUGGACACCCGCGUGGUUGAGCUGACCCAGGGGCUGCGGCAGCUGCGAACAGCGGCGGGCGACACCCGCGACGCAGUGCAAGCCCUGCAGGAGGCGCAGGGCCGCGCUGAGCGCGAGCAUGGCCGCUUAGAGGGCUGCUUGAAGGGGCUGCGCCUUGGCCACAAGUGCUUCCUGCUCUCGCGCGACUUCGAGGCGCAGGCCGCGGCGCAGGCGCGAUGCGUGUCGCGGGGCGGGAGCCUGGCACAGCCUGCCGACCGCCAGCAGAUGGAAGCGCUCACCCGCUACUUGCGCGGGGCGCUGGCUCCCUACAACUGGCCAGUGUGGGUAGGCGUGCACGACCGGCGCUCCGAGGGCCUGUACCUCUUCGAGAACGGCCAGCGCGUGUCCUUCUUCGCUUGGCACCGUGCGCCCCACCCCGAGCCCAGCGCCGCGCCCCACCCGCUCAGCCCCAACCAGCCCAACGGCGGCACACUCGAGAACUGCGUGGCGCAGGCUUCGGACGACGGCUCCUGGUGGGACCACGACUGCGAGCGGCGCCUCUACUACGUCUGCGAGUUCCCCUUCUAGCGGGGCCGGUCCCCCGCCUCUCCACUCCAUGCCACCACCGGCCCUUUGCCAGGGUUGUGCACCCCUACGCCCAUCCCGCCUUCCUUCUCUUCUUGCCUGGUAGGGCGAUCCCUGGGUUUGGGAGGGUGGGCUCCUGAGGGGCCGGGACCCGUCCCUUGCCAGUGUUUUUUUAUGGGAGUCAUGAGCACCAGGUUAAGUCCGGCAACAAUAAAGCCUUGUGGA